AUGAGCGCUUUCGCCGCCAUCGGAAUUGCUUUCUCCUUCGUGAGCACGAUAUGGAUACCGGCGACCCUGCUUUGCUGCAUACCAUGGGUGCAGAAGCAGAUGCUGUAUUUGCAUUGGGUCACCUUCUUCCCUGGAAAAUGGCUGAUGGAACCUGAAAGAGCUGGAUUUCUGAAGAACCAGGUCGCACCCUUCCGCAUCGCGACAAGCGACAGUGAACAGCUAUUCACGUGGCUUAUUGCGCCCCUGGGCGUCUAUGCUAAGCAUCUAGAGGAUUUCAUCGCUGAGCCAUCCAGUGUAGACAAAAUUGAAGACAAGCUAGCCUUCAGACUAUUGCAAAGCGAUCCGGAAGCGCGGCUGCUUGUAUAUUUCCACGGCAACAGCGCGACUAUAGCUCAGCAAAGGCGAACUGAGGAGUACAGAUCGUAUUCAUCAGGAGCCUCGGGAAAGAUGUUCGUCUUGGCGUUUGAUUAUCGUGGUUUUGGCAGUUCUUCAGGGACACCGUCCGAGAGGGGUUUGUUGAGCGAUGCGCAAGCGGUCAUAGACUGGGCACUGAACACUGCAAAGAUAUCGCCGGAUCGCAUCGUCCUUCUGGGCCAUUCCCUGGGUACGGCUGUGGUUGCAGGCAUUGCGCACCAGUAUGCGAAGAUCGGCAUAGAGUUCAAAGGGCUGGUUUUAUGUGCAGCUUUCACAAACGCAGGAGGGGCAUUUGCGUCGUACUCGAUAGGAGGCAUUGUGCCCGUUCUCGCGCCCAUCAAAUUAUCGUCAGCCCUGCAAAGGUGGUUCAGUAGCAAGAUGAAGGAUACGUGGCAGAGCGACGAUCGUCUUGCGGAACUUGCGCGUACAUGCUCAGGCCUUCAGAUAGUGUUUAUGCACGCUGAAAACGACACGACGAUGCCAUGGGUCGAGACUGAAUCCUUGUUCAAGUCGACUCUGCAGGCGGCCGUUGAGGGAGCUUCGCCUUACGGCGGGAUUCCAAAGGAUCUCAAAGUCGUCGACCUCGGCGAGGCUGGGAGACAAGAGGUGUGGCAGUGCGGAACAAGAUGCAUCCAGAAGACGAUCGCCAAGCAUGGAGGUAAGCGAGUCUGUUCCCAGCACCCAGCACCCAGCAUCCGGCUAUCGUUCGGCACCGCGUUCCGGAACCGCAUCCGUUGCACAACGACGACUGGAUGCCUUCCCAUUCCUCUUGACGCUCGCGAUUUCUAA